UACUCAAAGUGUCUCCGCCAUGCAACCACCGCGGCAGAACGUCUCGAAGGACGGCGAGCUAACCAUUUAUGGAGGCGUUACACGAUCGAUGACCAGACGUCAUCGGAACUCAUUGCCGGUUCCUGACGAUCUCGCUAUGGAGAUAUUCUCGAGGCUGCCGUCGAAGGCGAUGGCGAUGUGUCGUUGCGCAUGCAAGCUCUGGUCCUCCAUGCUUCGCCGUCAAGAUUUCACAAAGCUUUUCUUGACCAAAUCUUGCGCUCGCCCCCAGCUCCUUUUCGUCAGGGAAGAUUACAGCGUCAGAGAGAUUGUCUUCAUCACGUCACCUCAGCCUGAAAAUCCGGAAGAGAACUCGUACGUUGUAGCAACCAAUCAUCUUGCGCGUUUCCCACGUUCCAACGGAUUCUAUGGUUGUACUUGUACCUGUGGCUUCUUCUGUUAUGGAGAUAACCGGAACCUUAUGGGGCUGCAAAGACCAGUGCGUGUUCCGGUGAUAUCGAACCCCAGCACGGGACAGUCCUUGACCUUACCAAGGUGGAACUCGAAAAAGAAGUAUGGAGUGGAAAGCUAUCUUGGAUAUGAUCCCAUUUCGAAAGAGUUCAAGGUGUUGUCGAUGAAUAAGUCGCGUGUUAGUGAAGGUUGGAUCUCAGUGGAGCACCAAGUUCUGACAUUAGGAACCAAGAAACUGUCAUGGAGGUUGGUCGAGUGUUGCAUCCCACAUUUGCCUUCUUGUAAGUGGAUAUGUUUCAGCGGUGUUCUCUACUACGCAGCUAGAGCAGCCGAGAAUUCUAUGGUCGUUUGUUUUGACUUGAGGUCUGAGAAGUUCAGCUCUGUCAAGUUCGGUAAAGCAAUGCCUGAUUCAACAACUCUGGUAAACUACGAUGGGAAACUAGGUUUGCUUAUGUCUGGAGAUUCUCAUGAUGUUAGUGGAGCAAGAACAAGUUUUGAGCUGUGGGUUGUACGAGACGCUGCAAAGCACGAGUGGUUCAAUCACAUAUACGUAUUACCACCUUCCUGGGAGGAUGUGGUUGCGGCGGAGACAAUGUGCAUUGCUGGAAUGGUUGGUGUAAAUGAAAUCGUCUUGGCCCCCUGGUUCCAAAGACUGCCUUACUAUGUCAUCUACUUCAACGUGGAGAGAAAGACCAUCACAAAAGUUGGAAUCCAAGGACUAGAAGCGUUUCAUGGUGGGAGUUUCCACACCUAUCUUAACUACGUUGAGAAUGUGAAGCUUCUUUAAGCAUUUUAUA